GGACCUGCGACGCUGUGCCUGUGAUAGACGCCGAGUUCCACAGCAGCCCGGCCAUCCCGUCGCUCGCCGUCAUCGUGGUGUGCUCCGUGCUGCUCGCCGCCAUGGUGCUGAUCGCGUCCGUGCUCGUCUGGAAACACAAAAGAAAAAUGCAAAACUUCCUGCCGUGCAAGACGUCCCCGCAGAACAGGUGCGACGUGUCCAACGGGAACGGCGUCAUCUACGAGGACCUCACCAACAUUCGGCCGCGCACGCUGCCCAACCACUGCGCCACGGGGCAGACAGCGCCCUCCAUCGAGAUGAUCGACGUGAAGGGGCCGGCGAGCGCGGGCUACGGCGGCGCGGGCAACAUCUUCGUGUGCCAGGCGGCGCCGCGCGCCGAGCCCUACGCGUCCCAGGACCUCUACAACCCUGUCUACGAGGAGCUGUCCAACGGGUCCGGCGAGCGGCCCGACUCGGAGCCCGAAUCGGAGGCGCUGGCGGGCGGCAGCGAGGACGAGUUCGCCGACGAGGAGCUGUCGCUGGGCGGCGACGCCGACGCGGCG